AUGAGUGCAAAGACUAGCGAAGAAGCAAUAGCGCAAACCAAAGCAGUCAACGACAUGCCCACCGACAAGCGGCGGGCGCACGAUGAUGGCACCACGGAACAAUCCACCGCCGGGUCUUCAGCGCGCGAGGAUGCUGCUGCAAUUCACAUCUACGCCACCAUCGCUUUCAUCGUCAUCAUCAUCGUGAUUGGAGUGCCAAUGUGGUGGAAAACAACGGAAGUAUACCGCGUGUCUCUACCAUACUCUGAAAUCCGUGCGUUAAACGAAGAACCUAUCAAGACCUCGUUUCGGCUGGGUUUGUAUUGUCAGUCAGCAGAAAGAGGGGACAUUUUGGCAUUCGAGUUGCGCAAAAAGUUUGAACAAAAUUUUGUGUUUGAAUUGGAUUUACAGCUUCUAUCUCUAGAUACCGAUAUAUUGUCCACGAUUAAAACACCUGCUAGACUGGAAGCGGAACUGCUGCAACGCUAUCCCACAUCGGUAGGACAUUUUCUGUUCAUCGAGUGGCAUAAGUUGGACGACGAUAUUCUCGUCACCUCCGAUCGAACGGCUUUUAUAUCGGAAAGUGCUUCAUCGCUGAAGGCGUAUCAAGUGCUUUCGUCAUGGAUACUACAGGAGUACAAACUAAAGGCAAUACUUGGUUCGAGAGAUGCGCAACAGACAAUGAAGGGCCGACAGUUACGGUUAAACUCGGCUCCUCUGCAAUCACAGUACGAAGUGCUCAUUACCGUGUUAAAUCCUCGGCCCGAACUUCAAAAAGUACACUGGAAUGCGCGCGCAGCAGCAGAAAAUUAUAUUGAACCAUUUCUUAAAGAGCUAUCGGGCAUUACCAAUUUCACCAUCAAAACGCAAUGGAUUUAUCAGGUCGCCAUUGAAGGUGUUGGUGCACAGUCCAAACAAAUCCCGGACGAUACAAAACUUGGCCGCCAUUACGCACUGGCCGAGGAUAGCCUACCGCAAAUCAUCACUUCGCUAGAGAAAAAGCUUGGCACACAGAUCACCGAUAAUCCUUGCAUUCAUUUGGUCGUGUACGUUCCGCCUUGUGCGCAAGCGCCGCUUAAAAUCUACCGUAAGGACGGUCAACGGGCUAUCUCACCGGGCGGUAAUGUGGAAGCGUUUACAUCCGCCAAAUGGGGUGGCAUUGUGUUUGCUAACCCAGCCGAAGCAACCUGUGUCCGGUACAUGGAAACUGAACAGUUUAGCGAUGUGUACAUUCAUGCACAGGACGUAAUGCCGGUGUUGCUGUAUCAAUUGCGCAAAAUAUUUGAUCUCGAAAACAAUACACCUUUGCUAGACACAACUUUGGUACCGUACAGUUCGAUCGAACCACGUGUCUGGGAGGUGGAUACGUUCGUUCGUACCAACACUAUUUAUCUGGUGCAUUCGGCGACUACGACGCUACAGUCCUUGAUUCAACUGCUCGGGGGAAUUGAGUAUAUCGUGAUCAACGAUGAGGUAGGUGCGGCCAUUCAGAAUGCGUACCAUAAGAUAGUGGAAGCAAAGCAGAAGCUGAGUACGGGUAGCUUGGAACAGGCAGCUGUACUGGCAAGGGAAGCUUACACGUCGGCGGAAAGGGCAUUCUUUGAUCCGAGCAUGUUAGCGUUGUUGUACUUUCCAAACGAGCAAAAGUACGCGAUCUACAUUCCACUGUUUCUGCCCAUCAUGAUUCCGGUUGUGUUUUCGUUUAAUACUAUUCUGAAAUAUUUCCGUGGAAAAAAAUCGAGCCCUAAAACAAAGGAAGAGUAA